AUGGCAGAAGAAGCAUCGACGCAGAAUAAGAUACGCUCAGGAGACACUGUUCUUCUCAGAAUACCGAAUGGUGAUACUCGAAGCGUAAAAGUGGAGAAGGAUUUAAUCGUUUCCAUCGGGAGGCUUGGUUCAUUUUCAUCGAAUGAACUGAUUGACCACCAUUAUGGUCUUACGUUCGAAAUUGUGGGCAAGAAUCUCGUUGUGUUGCCCCCUCAAAAUAUUCAGGAACUCGAGGAAACCGAUGCCACAAAUGAGCACAUUGUAGGGGAUGGCUCAGUGAAGCCUGUCACACCAGAGGAAAUGGCAGCAAUGAAGGAAGCUGGCGUCCAUGUUUCGGACAUCAUCAAGAAACAAAUCGACCAGCAUACGAAUUUCGAGUUAAAGACGGAGUAUAGUAAAGAUAAAUACAAGAAAAAGAAGGAGGCUAAAUACGCAAAGGUUUUCACCACCAUCCCGCCAACACUCUUCAAUGUCUGCGAGUACUGGUAUAACAAGGACCAGGGCCGCAUCCGCGAUCUCCGCAUUGACGCGCUGUCUCAGAUGCUUAACCUCGCGAAUAUCAGACCUGGCGGAAGGUAUCUCGUCGUGGAUGAUGCCUCUGGAUUGGUCGUCUCUGGUGUUCUCCAUAGGAUGGGAGGCCAAGGUCGUGUGCUCACAAUCUGCGACGUGGAAACUCCACCUGCCUAUCCAGUAAUGACCCAAAUGAACUUCCCGCCAGAAUUCAAAUCGAUCAUGGCAUCUCUCAACUGGGCGACGUGUCAGGAAGACUACACCCCAAUCAUAUCUACGUGGGAUGUCGAAGAAGAUCAAAUCAGAUCGGACAAACAGAGAAUACGGGUGAACAAGAGGAGGGCUGCAUCGGACUUCCUGCAGAGUACGCGCGAAGACCUAUUUGCUGGAGAAUUUGAAGCGCUCGUCGUAGCAAGCGAAUAUGACCCUCAGUCAAUAUUGAAACGGCUGAAUAAAUAUCUCGGUGGCUCAUGUAAUAUCGUGAUACACAGCCCAUACGCACAGAUAUUAUCCGAUCUUCAAGUCGUCAUGAGAGCUUCUGCCGAGUACCUAUCGCCAGCUUUGUCAGAGGUUUGGCUUCGACGUUAUCAGAUAUUGCCAGGUAGAACUCAUCCUAUGAUGAACAUGUCAGGCGCUGGUGGCUUUAUUCUCCACGCAACGAAGGUCUACGAUGACCCAUCUGCAGUCCCGGUCGAGGCACAUCGCCGCCUGCAGGCCAAACUUGCAACGGAAACACAAAAGAGUUCAGACAUAGUUCCGAGUCAGCAAGAGGAAGGAGAUGUUGCAAUGACGGACGCUACAUAG